UUGAAGAAAUCGUACGCAUCGAGCGAGUGACAAGCGUCGCGUCUCACCAAACAAAGAAAAGAAAAAGCAGAGCCCCAAAAAUAAAGCAAAAAAAAAAAAAAAGGAAAAACAAGUAUAAAAACAACAAAAAAUACAUAAGCCAGCUUACACUGACACAAAAACAGAGCCAGUCCGACGAAUAUUUUGUAGUUGCAAAAAUUAAUAUAAACCGAAACGAAAAUGCUGCCAGAAAUCGUAAGCAAAUGAGCCCAUUGGCCCACGGCUCCCAUCAGCGGCUGCUGCAGAGCAGCGAGUCCGAGCCCGGUCCCGCAUCAGCAUCAGCAUUUGCAUUCGCAUCUGUAACCGCCUCAUCAGCCGCAUCCUCAUCCGCAUGCCGCCGCGCGUCCCUGUGUGAGUGCCAGUGCCUAAUCGAAGCGAAUCACCCGCAAUUGCAGUGUACAGCAAACUAAUCCAGAUUCGCGUCUAAAAUUGAGUUUCGUUUCCGGGAUCCGGUUUCGCCGCGCCUCUCCCAAAUUCGUUGGCCAAGUCGCUCGGUACUAGCUUCUUGGUCCAGGCAAGUCGCGUUGUCGGUCGUCCGUUUCUCAGACAUUUUUUGUGCUGCUCGAAUAUUGAUGCCGAUGCCAGGCAGCCGCCCUGUAAUCCAUACCGAAAUUCAAGACUGCUAUCUGGAAUUGCUUCAAACAAACAGCAUCAACAGAACCACAUCAAAAACAUCAACAAAGUGCUGCCAGCAACAUAAAACGUAAUCAGGAAUUUAAGUAAAAACGUAAAGAAACCGAAACAGCAGAAGAACAAAAAAACAAAAUAGGAAAGGCAGGAAGGAAGCCGAAAACAUGUUUAUGGAAUUGUCAUUGUUAACGAGCAACUGACGACGCAACAGCUCAAGGCAUGUGGCAGGAGCAACAUCAGCAGGAGCAACACUGAGCGGCAGCAGCAACACAGUAGCAGCAACCGAGUAGGAAAGCAAACACACUCCGUAGGUAGAGGUGUGCUGCUGUAAAGCAGCACCAUUGCUGCCAUUAAAAUAGACGCCGCGGCGCAACAGCAACGCUGCCGUCGUCACAAUCAACGCCAGCGACAACACCAUCCACAUCAUCGCCAUCGCAGACGACGACGGCGCAGCAGCAGCAGCAGCAACAGCAACAGCAGCAACAUCAGCGGCAGCAGCCUGUUGGGCGGUGUGGGCGUGGCAAGCAGCUGUCCCUUGUCCCAACUUGCCACUCAGCAACUAAUCGACGAUCCAGGCAGCAGCAACAACACUGGCGAAGACGACGGCGGCGCAGCAGCAACAUCAACGCAGCAGCAGCAGCAGCUGCAACAUUGCAACUUGCAACAUCAGCAACGAGCACGACGGCGACGCUACGACUGCCUGUCAUCUGUAGGCAAUGCAACGCGCUGUGCAGCAACGGGUUGGACCUGGCCUAAGAUGGGUAGCGUGCUCUUUGCAGCUGUGUUCAUAGCAUUACACUUUGCCACCGGCGGCCUGGCCAACCCAGAUGCGAAGCGCCUCUACGACGACCUGCUGAGCAACUACAACCGGCUCAUCCGACCCGUGGGCAACAACUCGGAUCGCCUCACCGUCAAGAUGGGUCUGCGGCUCUCCCAGCUGAUCGAUGUGAAUCUGAAGAAUCAAAUCAUGACAACCAAUGUCUGGGUGGAGCAGGAAUGGAACGACUAUAAAUUGAAGUGGAAUCCCGAUGAUUACGGCGGCGUGGACACUUUGCACGUGCCCUCCGAGCAUAUAUGGCUGCCGGAUAUCGUGCUCUAUAACAACGCCGAUGGCAACUAUGAAGUGACAAUAAUGACAAAAGCCAUUCUUCAUCACACGGGCAAAGUGGUGUGGAAACCGCCCGCCAUUUACAAAUCCUUUUGCGAAAUUGAUGUCGAAUACUUUCCGUUCGAUGAGCAGACAUGUUUCAUGAAGUUCGGCUCCUGGACCUACGACGGUUACAUGGUUGACUUGAGGCACUUGAAGCAAACUGCCGACUCGGACAACAUAGAGGUGGGCAUAGACCUGCAGGACUACUACAUCUCCGUCGAGUGGGACAUCAUGAGAGUGCCGGCUGUGCGCAACGAGAAAUUCUACAGCUGCUGCGAGGAACCCUACCUGGACAUCGUCUUCAACCUGACGCUGCGCCGGAAGACACUCUUCUACACGGUCAAUCUGAUUAUACCCUGUGUGGGCAUCUCGUUCCUCUCGGUGCUGGUCUUUUACCUGCCCAGCGAUUCCGGCGAGAAGAUCUCGCUCUGUAUCAGCAUCCUGCUCUCGCUCACCGUGUUCUUCCUGCUGCUGGCGGAGAUCAUUCCGCCGACCUCACUGACAGUCCCGCUGUUGGGAAAGUAUCUGCUCUUCACCAUGAUGCUGGUCACACUCUCCGUCGUGGUCACCAUCGCCGUGCUCAAUGUCAACUUCAGAUCACCUGUCACGCAUCGCAUGGCGCCGUGGGUGCAACGCCUCUUCAUCCAGAUCCUGCCCAAGCUGCUCUGCAUCGAGCGGCCCAAGAAGGAGGAGCCCGAGGAGGAUCAGCCGCCCGAGGUGCUCACCGAUGUCUAUCACCUGCCGCCGGAUGUGGACAAGUUUGUCAACUACGAUUCGAAGCGGUUUAGCGGCGACUAUGGCAUUCCAGCACUUCCUGCAUCGCACCGCUUCGACUUGGCCGCGGCGGGUGGCAUCAGUGCCCACUGCUUUGGCGAACCGCCGCUGCCCUCGUCACUGCCACUUCCGGGCGCCGACGACGACCUGUUCAGCCCCUCGGGCCUCAACGGGGACAUUAGUCCCGGCUGCUGUCCAGCUGCUGCAGCUGCCGCUGCGGCCGCCGCCGCCGAUCUCAGUCCCACGUUCGAGAAACCCUAUGCCCGCGAGAUGGAGAAGACCAUCGAGGGAUCCCGCUUUAUAGCGCAGCACGUAAAGAAUAAGGAUAAGUUUGAGAGUGUGGAAGAGGACUGGAAGUACGUUGCCAUGGUAUUGGAUCGUAUGUUUCUGUGGAUCUUCGCGAUCGCUUGCGUGGUCGGCACAGCGCUGAUUAUCCUGCAGGCGCCCAGCCUGUACGACCAGUCGCAGCCGAUCGAUAUACUCUACUCAAAGAUUGCCAAGAAGAAGUUCGAGCUGCUCAAGAUGGGCAGCGAGAACACCUUAUAGCGACCACUUGGGUUCGCGGCUGGCUGGUGGAAUCUAAUCAUCAGCUCGCUGCGGACCCUGUUCGCCGCUCGCGACGAUGAUCGUGGAUAAUAUACGAUGAGCCACACCAUGAGCAUUUCCUCGGCGUUGUACAAUACUAACACCAGCAGCAGCAACAGCAGCAGUGACAGUGGCAGUGUCCUUGGAAGUGUUGUGAAACUCCUGGUAAAUAGUGUUGAAAGGGCCAACGAAACGGAAACGUCAUGGAGUCCAUCGUAAGAACCGCGAGGCGAGUGAAGCGAACAUUGCGAAAUGAAUUGAAAUUAAGAUACAAUCGAAAUCGGAAGGAAGGAGGGCAAGUUUUUGGAGCAGUUGAUCAAAAUAUGUAUGUAAUGUAAUUCGAGGGUGUUGUAGUGUUGAUUAACCGUGACAGUGCUGGAAAGCGACGUAAGCCAGAAGAUCGGCUUAGUUUGUAAGUUUUUUGAUGUACUUGAUGUAUGAUUGUAUGGAUUGAAGUUCGAAUGGUUCCGGGGCGCAUAUUCCAAAAGAUAUACCCCGGAAGCCAGUGUUGUAAAAAGCGUACGGAGUUUUGUAAGUUAUAUUGUAUUUUUGAGCGCCAAAAAGUUCCUUGUUACAUCUUUUAGUUUUAAAGUUCCACACAACACACACACGAGAAAAAAAAAACAAAAAAAAAAAAACCGAAACAAAAACAAAUGAAAAUGUUUUAAAAUUGCAUUUUAAAUUUAAAUCUGACUGCAUGUGUUCAGUGCGUAUGUAUGGCUGCUGAUUUGGAUGCGAGUGUGAGUGCUAAAAUAUACAUAUGGAAAUGAGAAUCAAUUUUAAUUGUUUAUUUAUUUGUGCAUAUUUUUCACAAUAUUUUUAGCAGGGCAAAAUAAAAAAAAAAGUAAGAACACAGAACAACUGCGCCCACGCUGAAUGGGCAAGAGUUAAAUUGCAUACAAUUCGAAACUAUUUUUAGCAUAAAUAAGUAAAGUAAAUACGGUAAAGGUACAUUAAAUUAGCCAGUAAGUCGUAACUAAUCGUAGAUAAGCAAAUCUAGUAUUGAAUUAAAUUUAAUAUUAACAAAGCGAGGACCGAUAGCUUGCUGCAAGGCAACUCGGCUCGUAGGAAGCGCGAAAUUCUGAAAUAAAUUUAGUUGAAUGUUGAUAGAGAGUCGUCGUCACAUUUUUAAGGCCACAUAUUUUUACUAACAACAACACACAGACACACACACACACACAACUAUAUUAUAUCGAGCAAGCAUACAUAUAAUAUAUAGAGUACGUAUUUAUAGGACUGCAGCUAGCCAAAUCACAUAAGAACAACAACAAAAACCGACACACAAAACAAUUUCAAUUAAAAACACACGCAAACAAACAGAUAAACAGGAAACAAUAACUAAAGCCAAUUGGAAUUUUGCGAGCACACUUUGUUUGUACAAUUCGGAGCGAUUUUAAUCAAUUAAAUUAUUGCGUAUAAUACGAAUUUCAUUUUCACCCAGCUCGGUUCGCCUUCAUGGGAUUUUGAUUGUUUUCCUCAGUCACUGCCCCCCGUGUUUAUUUAGCAGUGGCUUCGCUCCCCCCUUUUUCCCCCCUUUCUCUGCCAUAGCAUAGUUUUGUGCACUCAUUAUGCAUUCAUCGGAGCAUGCGGAGCGUUCAGAAACCUUUGGCAAGUUCAAUUUAAAAUAAAACUUUUUAAUUACUUUCAACGGGCCACGCGAGUGCCGUUCUGAGUUCUAGUUUCUCCGUUCUGCGUUCUGUAUUCCCGAUUCUGGCUGCUGAAUUUCUGGCCAGCUUCCUCGGUCGAGUGCCGCCCGGCAAACACCUUCAAUUUAAAUGCCAAAGCUAACGAAACUUGCCACAAGGUUGGCUGCCACACCCACAAUACCCCAGCUAACCGCCCGCCACCCACUCAUUUUUGCUUUUUGCAUUUUUAAUUGAUUUUGCAAAAGUUUUCGCCACUAGAGCAACAAGGA